GGUGUCAAGUGGUCGUCGUCAAAGCGUACAAAACUGACAGCAUGUGGGAUUUUAGCAGAAACGUUCUCGUCGUCUUUAUUUAUGUGGCUCUCCCUCCGUAGUUGUGGUCUGCUGCUAGCUUGAUUGUAGGGUAGCAGUAGCAAGCGCAGGCAAAGGCUGUGUGCAUAUGCUGCCAGUCUGACUGGAUGGACAGUCAUAAUCGCCGUCGUCGUCGUCGCCGUCGACUCGUCGUCGUCAGAGCCAGUUCAAUAGUCCAACAGUAAGUGAGCGAGUAUGCGUCAGAGCUGCUACACGGAAAGUAGCGUCUAAUCGCGAGGUCACCGAUUUUCGGCGAAUUUUUAUUGCAAAAGUAUUGUUUUCGUUUAUCAGACAUUCACCGGUGAAUUAGAGAGGAUCUUGGCAGUUGCAUGUUGUGAUUUCGAUGCGUAGGAGUGCAGUUUUAGUGUAUUUUCAAGCGAUUCAAGGUGGCGAUCUCAGGUUAGCUUUCGGGCCAAGACCAAGACGACGACGAUCUUGAACGAAGCAUAUACAAGAGAAAACAUACAUAAGGCUCGUAUGCCUCAUGCUGCUGCUAUCCGGUCCCUUUGCUGUGGUAGCGACACUUGAGCCUGAAGGGUGAUACUGGUGAACGGCUGUAUGUGUGCGUGUUGUUGCGGGAACGUUUAAGGUGGUCCAUCGUGCUCGCUGAAGUGUGUUGAGGAUAAAUAAAGAACCCCACGAAAAGAAACAACGAUGUUCACCAAACAACUCCUUUUCUGGUUGCUGCUUAGCGGAGUUACUUUUAUGUGCUGUGCCGGAUUCGGUGGUUCAGGCGGCCGAUCCGGCGGUAGUCUCUACAAGUAUGGUGACGUAACAGCUGCAAAUAGUGGUUCCGCCGGUAGCUACUCACGGAUACCUCCACAGCGGUUCUACAUGCCAGCAGGACUUGGGAACCCCGACGAUCCGAAUCGACACCUAUCGACGACCCCCAGUCAGCAAUCGACAACUGCCCCAAAGACAAGCCGUAUCUCCGCGUGGGGAAUCAUUUCGAUCGUGAUGUUUGUGAUCAUGAUCGGAGCCGGAGCCUACUGGGGUUUUAUCUGCUUUCCUUUGUUCUGUAAAAAGGAACGAAACUACAACAUGAUGAUGAAUAUGUCGUCCGCUACAACCGCCACUCCUACCCGAUCGACCGAGUUCGAGAAGCUGGAAAAUUACUGCGCCAAAUCAACUACAUCGAGUCGAAGCAACGACACCGGUAUCAGCAACAUUUGAAAGGCCACCUCUAAAAGGGAAAGGUCAGGUCAAAUCUACUACUACUACUACUAGUACUACCCUCUCUAGCUGAUAAGCUACGUUCAAGACAUCUACUUCUCCAUACAAGCGCGAAUUUACGAUUUACUUAGGAAUUAACCUUGCAGGACUAUUGUGAAACCGCUUUUUGGCUUGCCAUAGGACAUGUUUUAUUUAGGAAUUUAGCAAAAACCUGAAAUAAUUCAAGUGAGAAGCAUGUGAAAGCUUAACUUUAAGGAUACUCGAAUAAACUACAUGCUAAGAGACUGAUGUUCUAAUUGAUAGAUGAACGCGAUAGUAUUAUGGAUGUAGAGAAUAUUCCAAAUGAUCACAAUAAAUUUUACCUUUUAUCUAACGAAA